AUGGCAAGUCAAAGCAUCCACUUGAAUUCGAAAUUUUGCGACAGGACGGUUGGUUUUAACGCAAGAAAUAAAGACCUUCUAGGUUUAGCUUUUCUCUGUCGAAUAUGCUCACUUAUUUUACGAGAUCCUGUUCAACUUCUUUGUGGCCAUAGACAAUGUAAAUCAUGUGUUGAAUCAAUUGAUGGUGAAGUAGUAAAAUGUCCAGAAUGUAAGAAAGAGAGUCUGAAAAGAGAGGUGCUGCUUGACAGAGGUUUCAAAAAUGAUAUGCAAACAUUAGCUAUCACAUGUUCUUUAUGUGAUUGGAACGGGUUAUUGAAAGAAUACGAGACUCAUCUUCAACAAGUUCAUCCGAAUCGAACAUGUGAGUAUUGUAACAAAAAAUUUGGUUCGACGAACAGUCCUGACCUACAUAAAGCAAGCAAAUGUGAUGAAAUUACUGUGUCUUGUGCUCUCAAAGAGUUUGGUUGUUCGGAACCCGUACUACGCGUGGCAAUGCCAACUCAUUAUAUGACUGAACAACAUCAAAAUGCAAUAAUGACUUUUGUACGUCGUUUUAUAUUCCAACUGGCUAGUGAUAAGCACCGAGGAAAUUCUGGUAUGGGAAUGAGUAUGGACGUGGAUAUAAUGCCUCAUUCUACUACGCUCAUGAUUCCACACGACAAUAAUAACAAGAGUGCUCAACUACAGGAGAUAUGCGAAAUAAUUGACAUACUUGCCGGAGGAAUUGAAACAUUGAAUGAAGAUAUACAACGUCUUAGUACUGAGUCACUUCAUAUACAGAAUACAACGGAUGGUUUAACCAAAAAUUUUACCACUCUGCAACUAAGCGUUCAAGAGCAAAAUAUUUUUCUAGAUGGAAUUAAACCUAAUCAAGAAAUUCUUCAUCAAGAUGUUGCAUCAUUAAAACAGAAAGUGGAAGAUAUGCAAUAUAUUUCUUACGAUGGAACAUUGAUAUGGAAAAUAACUGCUGUCAAGGAAAAAAUGAUUGAUGCCCAAUCGGAACGACAAACCUCCAUCUAUUCACCGCCGUUUUACUCAUCACCGAUUGGGUAUAAAAUGCGCGCUCGUUUAUAUCUAAAUGGCGAUGGUAAUGCUCGUCGUACACAUUUGUCACUCUUUUUUGUACUCAUGCGAAGUAUUAAUGGUGAUGUUCAAUUUUCAGUUGGUAAACAAAGUGAAACAAUUCGUCAACAAUUUUGGGCAACAAUUUAUAAAGAAUGUCUCAUGUGUAAAAGUCAAAAUAUUGCUUUUCAUUUAUGGCGUUGUAGAUGUAGUUUCAAUGGAGACGAUAAGCAAUUUGAUACUUCGAUUAAAUUAACUUAUUAA